UUUAUUUAAAGCAGGAGAAGAGGAGGGAGGAGCUGGAGCACAGGGAUCAGGAGAGACUCGCUAAUCUGAGGAGCGUCAUGGAGGAGCAGGCGAGGAAAGAUAAAGAGAGGGUGCAGUUCAGGGCCGACAUGCUGCAGCGGCGAGCGGAGGAGAGAGAGGCUCGGGAGCUUGAGCAUCAGAGAGAAGAAGAGGAGAAGCAGAAUCGUCUGGAAGCUCUCAGAAACCAGGUUGGGGUGGUGGCCGAGGCGGACCCAGAGAGGAUGAUGGCAGAUACUGAGGCUUGGAGGAGUCGCCUCUUGAAUGUAAAGGAGUGCGAGCUCCAGAGGCCUCUCUACAGUAUUAACACAUACACAGACAAACAGAUUGUGUCUGAUCCGAGAGUGCGGGUGGAGCAGGCGCUCCGGGAGGCCGGUCUGCACCAGAGCCCGUACGCCAAAGAGGUUCUGUCUGUCUUACAGCCCCCAAAACCUCCUCGCCGAGACACUGAGUCCGUGAUCAAAUUCUGACCAAGCACUUGAACAAAGUCGCACCAGACUAAACCUUCAGUGGUUAUAUAUAUGACAUUUCACUGAGUUGAAUGUGUUAGUAUAUUCACUGUUCACACAGUUGAGCUGUACAAGGUAAAACUGGCAGCUACAGUAUUGACCACCACACGACACAGUGCAAUUAACAUUGUUAACUUUUAUUGUUUUUAUUUAGUUUUAGACUCUACAGCACCCGUUGAGAAGUACAGUAUCACAGACUUUUUCUUAGUCAUAAUAAACAUAUAUAUCCAACACAUUGAAAUGACUUUCCUGCACAUUUAUCAAUGUUUAUUCACCUCUUAUGUCACAGUCCGUAAGUUCACAUUUGCAUAAACAAGCUUAUAUUGCACAAUCUUUACUCUGAGUAUUUAAUAACACGUUCAAAUUACAGGAAUGUCCCUUUACUCUUCUCAUAUUUUAAGUGAAAAUCACUAAGGAAUACAAGUGUUUCUCAUCUAAUGAGCAUAUAACAGGGAAAACAACUCUCUAAGAGACUACAAACCAAUAUGCAGAUUUUUAUUCCAAAUGUUCAAAUCAUCUGGAGUCAAACCAACUAGAGGAAAAUUCAAGAGUCAAGUAACUUAACUUCAUAUUUUAGCAUUUUUUUUAUAUUACAAAUAAAUCAUAGAAAUCUUAAUAGUUUAUAAAAUAAGUGUCUAAUACACAUAUUAACAUGUUAUACAGUACAGUUUAUACAUUAAUAUAUACAUAUCCACAUGUCAGUCAAAGCUAUGUACAUGUUAGGGGAAUGCUGGGGUUGGGAGGGGGGAGGCAGACGUCUCAGACGAUGAGUCCCAGGCGUUUCUUGAUGAAGUGGGACACUAAGACUUGAGGUCUCUGCUGGUACUCCGUCAGCACAUCAUGAGUGGAGGUGAUCUGGUCUCCAUCGAAGCGGUUCAGCAAC